AUGGACCCUACACAUGAUAAUUGGAAGGAGGUUGAGGAAAAUCUGAACUCAUUCUUUGGUACGGUGUCCGAACGGUGCCAAUCAAUUCUUUCUCUGAGCUACAAUUACUUGCCCCAAUAUUUGAAGGCUUGUUUUCUCUAUAUUGGAGGUUUUCCAGAAGACAGAGAGAUUAACGUUUCCAAGUUGAUUAGGCUAUGGAUUUCUGAGCAAUUCGUAAAGGCAAGAAAGAAUAAAAGAUUAGAAGUGGUAGCAGAGGAGUAUGUAAAAGAGUUAAUUGAUAGAAGUCUAAUUUUGAUUGGUCAACAAAGGGCUAAUGGAAGGAUGAGAAGUUGCAAAAUUCACGAUCUUCUUCGCCAAUUGUGCCUAAGUGAAGCUCAUACUGAAAAUGUUUUGCAUGUCAUGAAUGGGGAUGCUCUCAAAGCCAUAGAUGAUCAACGUCGAGUGAUCCUUGUGUCUAAUGAUGAAGAGAAGCAUGAUUAUCGUCUGCGACAUAGCAGUGGUAUAAUACGUACCUUUAUUUCAGUGGAUGUAGCUUUUCCAAAAUGGAUGUGUUCACAGUUGAAGUUGCUUAAGGUAUUGGAUGUAUUAUCAAUUGAAUACGAUUUCUCUUGGGUAAUACCUGAGCUUGUACAUUUGAGAUAUGUUGCUGUAAGAAUUAAGGAAGCUAGUUCACUAGACAAAUUGAGAAAUCUACAGACCAUAGUUCUUCGAAGAUAUAUCUCUUUCAUACCAACAACGUUGAAGCAGUCACUAGAUAUCUGGAGAAUGUCAGAGAUAAGACAUUUGGAUAUUAGAUGGCCAAAUUAUAUAUCAAAUCCCCUUGAAGCAGAACAACCUUUGUGCCUUCUGAAUAACUUGCAAACGCUUUAUCUUCAUUAUUCUCCUUUUGUUGCGGAAAUCAUAAGAAGAACUCCCAAUCUAAAAAAGCUAAAGAUUUUAGAUAGAUCCAAGCUUCCUGAUUUUCUUGAUUCUCUCAGUCUUUUACAGGAUAUGGAGACACUACACAUAGAAACACGAAACAACAUUGACCCGGUGAUUAUCCCAGGAGAUAUUUUUCUUCCUAAUCUCAAGAAGUUGACAUUAACACGUACUCGUAUACCAUGGGAAGUUGUGAAUUUGCUGGCUAAUUUACCGAAUCUUGAGGUGCUCAAAGGGUAUCGUGCAUUUUCUGGAACAGAUUGGAAAGUAGAUGAAGAUGUUGUGUUUCAUAAAUUAAAAUAUCUACAACUGUAUGGGCCCUAUGAUUUUCAAAGGUGGGAAGCAGAUGGUAGUGAUAAUUUUCCGAUGCUUGAGCAACUAAUACUGCAUUGGUUUAUUCAACUGGAGGAGAUUCCGGAGAGUAUUGGAGAUACAAUGACACUAAAGUUAAUCCAAAUAGUUGAUUGCAGUUCUGGUGUAGUAAAUAGUGCAAAGAAAAUUCAACAAGAGCAAGAAAGCUUGGGAAAUUAUGAGCUACAACUUCAAAUUACUCAAAAGGUAUGUUGA